UCGAGCUCAACCAUCAGGAUCAGUUGCGCAACGCCAAGAGAGAUCAAACCAAUCGGACCUGCGCCAUGGCCGCGCUGCCUCCCGGGUACCGCUUCUAUCCUACCGAGGAGGAGCUGGUGCGCUUCUACCUCCGGCACAAGCUCGACGGCAGCCGCCGCGCGGACAUCGAGCGCGUCAUCCCCGUCGCCGACGUCUGUUCCCUGGACCCGUGGCAGCUCCCAGAGGUGCAUCGGGGCGCCUGCGCCAGCCACGGGGAGCCGUGGUUCUACUUCUGCGCGCGGCAGGACCGGGAGGCGCGGGGCGGCCGGCCGAGCCGCACGACGCCGUCCGGGUACUGGAAGGCGGCGGGCACGCCAGGGUUGGUCUACUCCGCCGGCGGCCACCCCGUCGGGACCAAGAAGACCAUGGUGUUCUACCGCGGCCGCGCGCCGGCCGGGGCCAAGACUAAGUGGAAGAUGAACGAGUACAGGGCCCUCGAGGAAGACGGCGCCGAUGCCGAUGCCGCCGCUCCGGCAUCGAACCCUGUGUUCCAGGUGCGGAGCGAGUUCAGCUUGUGCCGGCUAUACACAAGUUCAGGCAACAUGCGGCAGUUCGACCGCCGGCCGUGCACUGCCGUCGCCGGAGGCAGCCGCGCGUCGUCGUCCGCCGCGCUUGCAUCGCCCAAUGAAGAUGUCGAAGUGGGAAGGGGUCAGAAGAGGAAAAGGCAUGCAGCUAACGACAACACGUCGUCUAGCGACGCUUACCGACACGUGCAGCAGCAGCAGGGGAAGCAGGAAGGCGCUGAUGAGGAGCUCGCCGACGACAUGACCGACUGGGCAGAGCUUUUGGCAUGGAUCUAAGGAUAAUGAGGGUAGACUGUUGCCUAGUGGCAGUAGGGUUACUCAGAUACAAUCCCCUCUCGCUGGUAUGCCGAAUUUUUAUGAUGGCCUUUUAUGGGUUGCCGGUGGAGGUAAAUAGGAGGAUGAACUUCUUCAGAUUCAGAUUACUCCAGAUUACUCUAGCAGGAAGAUGAUAAGAAAAAGAAAUACCAUCUUGUCAAAUGGUCUGAUGUGUGUAGGCCAAAAGACUUAGCAGGUUUGGGUAUUCAAAACCUUGUUGUCAUGAACGGGGUCUUACUUUUAUAAAUAGUGCUGUAAAA